GGAGGAGGAAAUGAGCAAAGUUUCAUAACCUGUUUUGCAGGGAGAGGUCGCAUCAAAUCCCAGCACCACAGAGAGUUCAGAGGCGCAGACAGGGACUAAACCGUCGUACAUUGCUGGGAAUCGAUGCAACUUUUUAGUUGGUGAGUUAGUUAGUUAGUUAGUUGGUUAGUCAGUCAGUGCUCUGUCGGGGGCAGCACAGCAGUGAUGGAUCUGAUCAAACAACUGGUUUUCCUGUCCACGUUCCUUGUGAUUGUCGACUGCACUCCUCCAACUUGCUAUUCGUCAGUGUUGAAUUUAAGUAAACGGAUUAUGAAGUCUUUGAAAAGGCUGCAGACAUUUGCCAUCACAAAACCGUGCGUUGCCAUACUCCCAAACUUCUACAUUGACGUACAUAACUCGUGUGUGAUGAUCAAACUCCGUGAUCACCUCUAUUUCCUGGACAACCUCAGCAGCCCCCGGUGCCAGAAGCUCAGCAGAAUCACUUGGCUGAAAGUGCGCAUCAGGCGCUUGUACAAGAUCAUCAACCAAGUCUGCUACAGGGACCUGGUGUUUUUCACGGAUGACUGCGCCGCCCUGGAAAACCCACCACCCACACAAGAUCCACAGGAAGAAUUGCUCAACUGAAACCCCGGUGUGACCGGUGCACACACAGCAUUUUCAUUUCCGAACAGGAGGAAGAAUCGUUUCUGUAACGUUCAGGUUUUUUUUUCCAAAAAAAAUAACAAUGUAGCCCGAGCUCCUCUCUCGAUUAAUACUUUGCUGGUUUGCAGACUUCAUGUAAACUAUUGGUCUCCGCUUUGUUGCUUUCAGGAGGUGAGAACAGCUGAGAUCGUGGCUUAUUUGUGGGCAAAAUAAGCGUUUGCGUUCCCAUCUUUGUGGUGUUAUGAUGUUUGGCUGUAAUCUGCUUUACAGAGUGGGAACUCUUGCAGGAAAGUUUAGGAAUGUUGCUUUUCGUUACUUCUAAGCAGUCCCCCCCCCCACUC